AUGGCAGAUGAAGAGGAUGAAACUGGCUUCGAGGAGGAGUUGGAUGAGAGCUGCAGUGGAGUGGACGUGUGCCACGGCCGGAGAAAGAGGCUCUUCUCCAAGGAGCUACGCUGUAUGAUGUACGGCUUCGGUGACGACCAGAACCCAUACACUGAAUCGGUGGAUAUCUUGGAAGAUCUGGUGAUUGAGUUCAUCACAGAAAUGACCCACAAAGCCAUGUCCAUCGGGCGCCAGGGUCGCGUUCAGGUGGAAGACAUCGUCUUCCUUAUUCGAAAGGAUCCCAGAAAAUUCGCCAGAGUCAAAGACCUGCUGACCAUGAAUGAGGAGCUCAAGAGGGCCCGCAAAGCUUUUGACGAAGCUAACUAUGGCUCAUAA